AUGAAGGCCUCUGCAUCACUUCUGUCCCUGCUGCUCACAGCGGCCACCUUCAGCACCCACGUGCUUGCUCAGCCAGAUUCAGUUUCCAUCCCAAUCACCUGCUGUUUUAAUGUGGUCAGUGGGAAGAUUCCCAUGCAGAAGCUGGUGAGAUACACAAGAAUUACUAACAGCCAGUGUCUCCGAGAAGCCGUGGUCUUCAAGACUAUACAGGCCAAAGAGGUCUGUGCUGACCCCAAGGAGAAAUGGGUCCAGGAUUCCAUGAAGCGCCUGGAUCAAAGAUCCAAAAUCCCAAAGCCUUCAAUCAUCACACCUGGGCAAAGGGACAGAGCCUGA